AUGGGUAAAAAUUCAUCAAGAAAUUUGGGCUCUAGAAAGUUUAUUCUGAAGAAUAAACGUCCGAAAAACAAUGCCUUAAAUAGGUUGAAGAAAAUUGGUGCAGGGGAUGGGUACACUGAUUCUUCAGGGAAUAAAUUGGACCCCAAUAUUUGCAAGCACAUUGGCUUGAUCAGGGCGUUGUGUCACAAAGGCAAGGUAGAAGUUGCUCUUAGGUUGAGAGAAAAAUUGCUUGUUGUUCCUGAUAUUGGUACUUAUAACCACAUGAUGAAUUGUCUCUGCAAACUGGGAUAUCUCGCAAAGGCAAAUAGGCUUUUGAAAGAGAUAAUGGAAUUGGGGUUGAUCCCCGAUUGUGUCACGUAUACUACAUUAGUUGAUGGGUUCUGUAGAUUUAAUUAUAUAGAUGGUGCUUUUGUUCUUCUAAAUUUUAUGGUGAUGAAUGGCAUCAAACCCAACAGAAUCCCUUGUAAUAUACUUGUUAAUGCCCUUUGCAACAGGGGUCAAUUGGAAGAUGCUAAUAAGCUUUUAGCAAAGUUACUAACUGAGCACAAGGCCUCUAAUCUGAUCACUAUGACCAUUCUUAUGAAUGGACAUUGCAGGGAAGGGAAUAUGCUUAAGGCUCUUGAAUUAUGGGAUGAAAUGUUGAGAAAAGGUAUCUUGGGAAUUUCUCCUAACAUUGUGACAUAUAGUACUCUCAUAAAUGGACAUUGUAGAGAAGGGAAAUUGGUAGAAGCAUGGAUCAUGCUCUCUAAAAUGUCUUCUAAUGGUGUUUUACCUGAUCACAUCUCUUAUGCACUGGUUAUUCGAGGCCUUUGCUUGCACGGAAAUGUAUGCAGAGCACAUCAGCUUCUCCACAAGAUGUUAGAUGAUUCUAUCCUUCCUGACCCUUUUGUGUGGAAUUUAGUUAUUGAUGGGUAUGGAAGAUGUGGAGAAAUAGAGCUUGUAUAUGAGGUGACAUAUCAUAUGUUAGCAUUAAGUGUGGCGCCCAACAUUUUCACCUACAAGGCCCUUAUUCAUGCUCAUGUGAAGGCAGGAAAUCUUCAAGGAGCAUUCAUGUUGAAGGAAGAGAUGUUUGAAAAUGGGAUUCUUCUUGAUGUGGUUACGUACAACCUGCUUAUAGGUGGGUUGUGUAGUUUUGGUCAUGUAUAUUUUGCAUUUCAAUUGCACGAUGAAAUGUUAAGAAGAGGGUACCACCCUGACACAGUCACUUAUACAGAGUUGAUUCGUGGGCUUUGCAUAAGUGGCAAAACACAUGAAGCCCAUGAGCUUUUGGUUAAGAUGAAGAAAAUGGAUGUGCCUCUUGACCAUGUACCAUAG